AUCAAUGUCACUGACUGUAAUGUUAAUUGUUAUCAUUGAACGCUUGUUAUCAAAAUAUUGAUGUGUUAUUAUUUACUCGCAUCUUGUGAAUUGUAGUAAAUAAAACUAAAAAUGUCAGAUUCAACAAACGAAAUUGUUCCUGGGUUAGGACAGAAGAAAGUUUUUAAAAUAAUUGUGCUGGGUGAUUCUGGGGUAGGAAAAACAUGUCUCACGUACCGUUUUUGUGAAGGACAGUUUUUAGAUAAAUCAGAGGCUACAAUAGGGGUGGACUUCCGAGAAAGAACAAUACGCAUUCGUAACGAAGAUAUUAAGUUACAGCUAUGGGACACAGCUGGUCAAGAGAGGUUCCGUAAAUCCAUGGUGCAGCAUUACUACCGUAAUGUACAUGCGGUGGUGAUAGUUUAUGAUGUCACCAAACCGGAAACAUUCCAUUCCAUUACAAGCUGGAUGUCGGAAGUGGAGUCCCACGGUUUGACAAAAGCUCCUCGUGUGCUGGUCGGUAACAAAUGUGACUGUGGAUCACCUUCUGAUAGACUGGCCACAGUGUAUGCCCAACGUCUAGCCGAUAGAUAUGGGAUGCCGCUCUUCGAAACCUCAGCCUUACUGGACUCGGAGUGUGACAAUGUCGAGUCCAUCUUCAUAACCCUGGCACACAAGCUAUACUCUCAUCAGCCUUUCAGGGUUGUGAGUGUUGAGGGAGAACUAGGUCCAAGACUGGUAACACUUAAUCGACACAAGAGGAAUACAACAAGUAAUGAUAAUUGCCUCUGCAGUUAGAUGCUGAAUAAAAUACAAGUUAAAUCUAAUAUUUUAUAAAAGCUCAGGGUAUACAAGGCAGUGAAUUAUGUAUUGGCAUUGAAAUAAAAAUGGCUAAUAUAAAUACCUGUUCAAAUAUAAAAUUCAGCUUAGACAUUAUUGUUGUAUUGUGAAGUUUUAUUAAUGACUGUGUGUUAAAAAUUCGUGAAAAUCUGUUUUUUUUUUUCAACAUGACAACAUUAUACCUGUUCAAGAUGCGUUUUUUAAACAGAUAUGUUUCUAAACUAUGCAUCUUCAUUAACAUAGAACCAGUUAGUUAAUUUAAUUUUCAAUAUGAAAGGUUUGUUUGGAAACGUUUUCUUGUUAUUUAUUUAUUUUUAUUUUUAGCAAUAGGAGUAUUCAAAAGUUACAUGAUAAGGGUUUUAUUUUUAUUUAUAUUCUGUAACCAUGUAUGUAUAUCAUAAUAUGUAGUCAGUUCAUACAUGCAACAUGUCAAUUAGGUAUUGACAGGAUAUUAGACUAUUUUGAACAGAUUAUAUAUGUAUAUAUUAACAUUUUAUUUUUAAUUUUAACUGAUUAUAGACUAAGUAAAAUAAUGAUGCUAUUUAUUUUUUCUCAUCCGCAGUAGUCUGACGUCACUGUCAAUGAAUUCGAACAAACAAAACAAUAACCGUAUUUAUUUGAAACAGCUUAUUUUUAGUCUAUGGUUUAAAAAAAAAAGAAAGUGUGUAGUGAACUUUAGUUGGAAUAUAAUUUUAUAAGCAAUUCUAUUAAUAAUUUUAAUGUAAGAUCGUGUUGUUUACAUUAAUUUCAUCUUUUAUUUAAUGUGUAUUUCUUCAUUCCCGACUGAUCUCUGUGGUAAUCAUUUUGUCUUAUGAUAUUAUACUAUUUUCGUUUUAUUUUAAUGUUAUCAAUACUUCCAGGCACUGAAAGUAAACUUAUGAGACGGCAGCUGAUGGAUAAAAUUUUAUUAUGUGCCAAAUUAAUAAAAAAAAAAAAUAUUCGAUAAUGUUUUAUUUUCUAAAAAUAAAGUUUUGAAAAUAUAA